GCCCGCCUGUCGCGACUGUCGGGGCCGAGGCCCAGGGGGAGGUGGCCUGUCGCGGGUCGCCCGGCUCCCGGAGGCGAGGGGGGCGCGGGCGGAUGGCGGAAGGCACCCAGCCGCAACAGCCAUCGCAGCUCGGGCCCGGCGCCGCUGCCCGGGGGAUGAAGCGGGAGUCGGAGCUGGAGCUGCCGGUGCCCGGUGGGGGAGGAGACGGAGCCGAGCCCGGCCUGAGCAAGCGGCCGCGCACCGAGGAGGCGGCGGCCGACGGCGGCGGCGGCGGCGGGAUGCAGAACGAGCCUCUGACCCCAGGUUAUCAUGGAUUCCCAGCACGGGACAACCAGGGUAACCAGGAGCCAACAACAACUCCUGACGCAAUGGUUCAGCCGUUUACUGCCAUCCCGUUUCCACCACCUCCGCAGAAUGGAAUCCCCACAGAAUACGGAGUGCCACACACUCAGGACUACGGCGGCCAGACCAGUGAGCAUAACCUGACACUCUACGGAAGUACGCAGGCCCAUGGCGAGCAGAGCAGCAACUCACCGAGCACACAGAACGGGUCUCUUACGCAGACAGAAGGGGGAGCACAGACAGACGGCCAGCAGUCACAGACACAAAGUAGUGAAAAUUCAGAGAGUAAAUCCACUCCUAAACGACUGCAUGUCUCUAAUAUUCCUUUCCGCUUCCGGGACCCUGACCUCCGGCAGAUGUUUGGGCAGUUUGGCAAAAUCCUAGAUGUAGAAAUAAUCUUUAAUGAACGUGGCUCUAAGGGAUUCGGGUUCGUAACUUUCGAGAAUAGUGCUGAUGCAGACAGGGCCAGGGAGAAAUUACACGGCACCGUGGUAGAGGGCCGUAAAAUCGAGGUGAAUAAUGCUACAGCACGUGUAAUGACCAACAAGAAGAUGGUCACACCGUAUGCAAAUGGUUGGAAAUUAAGCCCAGUAGUUGGAGCUGUAUAUGGCCCCGAGUUAUAUGCAGCAUCCAGCUUCCAAGCAGACGUGUCCCUAGGCAACGAAGCGGCAGUGCCCCUGUCGGGAAGAGGGGGCAUUAACACGUACAUUCCUUUAAUCAGUCUCCCUUUAGUUCCUGGCUUCCCUUACCCAACUGCAGCCACCACGGCGGCCGCUUUCAGAGGAGCCCAUCUGAGGGGCAGAGGGCGGACGGUAUAUGGUGCAGUCCGAGCGGUACCUCCAACAGCCAUUCCCGCCUAUCCAGGUGUGGUUUACCAGGACGGAUUUUACGGUGCUGACCUCUAUUCAGCUGAAGAAAUGUUAACAUCUCACUCUAAAUCUCUCAGUGGAGUCUCUGUUCCCUUCUCUGAUAUAACAGAUGGGGCGGAUAUGCAGCCUACAGAUAUGCACAGCCCGCAACUGCGACCGCAGCCACGGCUGCUGCAGCCGCUGCCGCCGCAUACAGUGACGGUUAUGGCAGGGUGUACACAGCUGACCCCUACCAUGCCCUUGCCCCUGCCGCUAGCUAUGGAGUUGGCGCUGUGGCGAGUUUAUACCGAGGUGGCUACAGCCGAUUUGCCCCCUACUGAAGUGACGUGAGACCCCUGCAAAUGGGACAGCCCCCCCAGUUCAUGAGGCCUGGCUAUUGCAAUAUUUACUAGUAGAGGAACUCUAUAGCAAGAUGAAGAGGAAAAACAAACAGACAAACAAACAAACAAAAAAAAACACAAAAAAAGAGAGAAUACUUUUUUAUACCUCACUAUGUUCUUUGAAUAUGUAUUUUUCCUUUAAAUUUCUGCCUUUAAUUCUUUUGUUCCAAAGAUUGUGCAUUUUUUCUUUUUUUUCUUUUUUUUUUCUUUUUUUAACUGUGGUAAAAAAAAAAAAUUAAUGCAUUUCCAUGUCUGUAUGUCCGUGCUUAGCUUAUUCUAUCAAUCACGGAAGAGGCAGUUAAUGAGGAAGGAAAAACAUUAGGAGCCGAUAAAUAUAUGUGAUCAGAAAUCAGCAGGCAGAAUUACCAAAGUGUAUCUGGUGCUGAAUGGCUGGGGGACAAACAGAAGUGGAAGAGACCUUCCCACUGCAGGACAUUCUUCUUGUCUUCUGAGUUUCUGGUCUUUGGCAGGCAGUUCUGACGGGCUGUGGCAGGAACCCAUAAGCUGAGAGAUGCUAGCAAUUUGUGCUUGCAAAGCAGGAGAAUUAAAAAGACGUUUUCCUCUCCUCUUCCCUCCUGUCUUCUCCAUUCUUUUUACAAUCAUCUUACACGCACAGCCUGAGACAGUUGGCAUAGUUUUUGGAAUUAUAGUAUUAAUAUUUCCAAACAUGCUCUCAGACUGUGGAUAAUAAACACCUCAUUAGGAAACCAAUCUCAGAAUGAACUCUGGAGUAUGAAAAAGAUUCUUCUUUUCUUUCCUGUCAUCCUAGCGUUCCUGCCGGGCUUCUUCCCUUUUCAUUGAACCACAGCUUAGCUCAAGUAUUCUUUUAUUAACACCCUGCUCCCGUGUCCUCAAGAUUCAGGAAUUUAGAACCCAGGGACAGGAGAAUAAAUAGCCGGUGGCCAGGUUUCCUCCAGGUAUCUGGGCCCGGCUUGAGGGUUAGAAGUACAAAUUGUCGAGAAGCCAGUAAAGAGGCUGAGGAAGAGAAAGGCGUAUUAGGCAGUGUCUAGCAAGGCAUGCUGAUAGUCCCGAUCUUUUUCUCGCAUCAGAAAGGCAGUACAAAGUAUAAAACAUACAAUAAAGACGCUCUUGGCAGAAGGUAAAGCACCGAGUCCUCGGUCAGCUGUCCCUGGCAGUUUUGGUGACUAGGAAAUGUAAGGGCAGGCAAGGCACUUUGUACUAGCUCCAAAGCCAUAGGAAUUCUCAUCUUCCAGAGCCUUUAGGAGUCACUUCUCUUUCCACAGUCUUGAGCCCUCGUGGUCCUUCCCUCACCCCCCCCACUUUCUCUUUAUCCUCCAAAGACAUCCCAGCUGAGCACCUGGACCGCGUGGUCCACAUGAACACUACAGGGCAUGAGACGCGGAGCCCCUGGGGCUGCUCCCCUCCCGACUGAAGGAGGGUCUGAAAUGGCCAGAAAGCCAUGUGGUGGCCGUGGCAAUGAGUCACCUGGCUUCAAUUUUAUGUAUAUAUUAUCAAGGGAGAGGAGAAAGUGAUUCUCUUCUAGCAAUCAGCUCUUAGUGAUACAGGCAAGGGUCCUGCAGCAUUUCCAAAACGAAGGUAUUAGAAAACAGAAAAGCGCGGUCUGUUUGGCUCCCUGGUCUAUUCACAUGGUACUAGGGUGACCUUGCACCCAAGGGAUAGCUGCUAAAGGGAGUAAGUCAGAGACAUGGAGCUUUUGGUCUGUUAUGGCUUUGUUUUGGGGUUUGUUUUUGGUUUUUUUUUUUUCACUCCUGCCUCCACACACAUUCUUAACUGAUACUGAGUUAAAAUGACUGACAUAUGACAGCAUCAAGCAUUCUUUGUAAGCAGAGUAACAUAUCUGGGAAGGACUGGCCUGUCGUGUACAUUAUUACAUCUCUCCUCCCUUCAGAAUCCUCUCUCUCCUAGUAAGGGGGACAGAGGCUGCACCUGAAACUAGGGGAGACAUCAAGGAAGCUAGAGGCCUCGAUGCAAUUCUUACUGAUUCUAGGGAGGAAUGCAUAGAAUAAAGGACACCAAACUGCCCUGUCCAUUGGCCACUUUUUAAUGGUUCCCCUCCCCAAGCCAAAGUUUGGUUUGUUGCUGUUAAGACAAUUUUUGUUGUAUGUAUAUAAAUAUUUUAGUUAGAGGAGGGGGAUGGGAUGUGGGGCUUUCACAGUUCUAGGGAAUGGGGGCAGGGAGAAUUUUUUUCUUUCUUUCGCUUUUCUUCUGAGGGAGAGCUUUUACUGACUACAGAAACAGAAAUUUCGUAUCAUGUUCAAUAGGGGCCAUUCUCACAAAACGGCAAGCUGCUGCUCGGUGGAGAUAAGGCCAGGUUCUAACUGGUGUGUGUGUCUGCACAGGGGAGGACAGUAGGACCAUGAGUGUAAGAGUCUGUGCUUCUCUUUUCCAGAAAGAGAGAGGGAGGGUGGGAAAGGUAGAGAAGGCAGCCUCUUUUUAACAGGCAGAAGCUUGAGCCGGAGGCACCUUGUGCGCAUUUCAGUUCAGCUGGUUCUGACUGAGGACCGGAAGGCCAGCUCCGCGUCUUCCGGCGGCUUUCCGCUGCUCUUCCGUGGCUGGUUCUGGUACUGCGUCCUCCAGCUCCCUUUCCUGAGAAAGACUAAACAGAGUUCUGCUCUUCCCGAAAGGGCCUUUGGUCUCCGGUGUCAGCACUGACCUAGGGCCCUCGUAAGCACCUAGAUGGGACGGCAUUGACCUUCCUGCCUGCCUUUGAACUUGGACUCCAUACAGUCAGCUUCGUCAGGAGCAGGUGCCUCCGAGCAGCGCUGCUUGUAGAUUCCCGACUCGGUCCCAUUGGACUAAGCAACAGUCAGAAGAGAGUUUGGCAUCUUGGGCGUUCGUUCGAGGAUGCUGGCUGAUAAUUCCAGAACACUUGCUGAUGCUGAAUCACAGUGCGGGGAUGACGUCAACAGCUUUACUGCAGCUCAUGAUGGGGACUUUCCAUACUAAGCAUCUCACUCUCAGAAGCUGGGCUCCUUUAAGGAGACUGCAAGUGAAAACCUUUCUCUGAGUAGUCCUCUUUCGGCCCAGAGAGCUGUCCUGAGGUCUUUUCCAGAAUUCCUUGUGUUACAUAGUCUAACUCCCAUUCACCCUGGCCUGCCAUUGUGAGUCGUCAUUUUCAAGGCUCUCAGGUUUUACAAACCUACUUUCAUCAUCAUCCUCCAGCAGCCACAGUUAGAAUUGAGCCGAUCUCAUUUUUCCUUGGAAAAAAAAAAGGGGGUCUGAGUCUCAACUCUUAGUUUAAAAGGAGCUAGUGGAGAUCAGUACCAUAGAAAUCAACGAUAGCAGCUUUUCCUCAAAAGGGACCCCUUGGGCUGAGCUGCUCUUGUUUCGGUUAUACUGUCCUAGAGACGGAGCAGAUAAGGCGGGACUCCCCAUCACCCUAGAACCAGUCACGGAGCCUCCAGGUAGGAGGGAGGUGUGGACUUGCGGGGAAGCAAUCCAAGGAUGAGCCAGGAGGGCUUGAUAAACCCCCUUCCCUCCCGCAGGAGAACGAGGCCAGGCAAGGAACAGUCUGGAAGACACUAGACGUGCACGGAGGCAAAGGGGGCCUUGUUUGAACCCUCCCCUUUGGCCAAGUCCAGCCCCUUCUCUGCUGCUUGCCACCUUCUAGCACAGUAACAUUUGCAGAACUGCAAGUGUUUUUCCCCCAGAUAAUAGGAGGAAAGGGACUUUGGGGGGUGGGGAAGGGGUAGUGGUGUUUUAAAAGCAUAAGUUACCUGUUUGCACUGUUUUAAGAUAGGAAAAGAAUAGUGGGCAAGGUGAACAUCAAACGUAAAUUUGUGUUUUUAUUUUGUCAUGCUCUUGAAAAUGUUUGACCAUUUGUAGUGUACACCAGUGAAACUUGAUUCUCUGUUGCAUAAAACACUAUUAUUAUUUUUUUUGUUACUGUCAAAAGCCUCUUCCUCCCUUUCCCUUUUUCUCUGUUCUUCCUUCAUACUUGCUUUACUGAUCAACCAGGCAAUAGCCAUCCAAGAGCUAGAGCACGAAGCGGGGCCCUUCCCAAGUAGGCUGGGACCCCAAGCCAGCGCGUGCCCUCUGGUUUAGGGAGUGCAGUGGAGUCCCUGGCACCUGUCUUUAAAAUAAGACUGACAGACCAGACUACAGCAGGUUCUCAAAUUCCUCAGUCACGUGCUCUCGGAAGGACGGGCCGCGGGGUGGAGGGAGACCUCGAGACGUAGUUGGCUGUAGUGGCUGAGUUCUCACCACGUUACCGGCACUGUAGCCAGUUACAGUUUACUCAGGAAACCGGUAGAUCAAUUCAGCCAUGGUAGUGCUGGUUGGCAGGGAUUGGUAACAGAGAACUGCUCAUCAGCCAAAAGUCAGACCUUGCCUUUAAGGAAGACUGCCAGCGAGGAACUCGGGCCUGUCGUCUGGUGGUCCCGUCCAUGCCGGCGUUGUGAGGGCUCGGCUCACACUGGCCAGCUGAAAGGGAACGUUGGUUCUCUUUUCUCUCCCCACCCCGGCCCCUUGUACCGACUCCAGAGUCCCAGGGGGUCCCUGAGUUUUUGAAUUUUUAAAAAAUGUUUUUUGGUUUGGUUUUUCCGGGGACUGAUAAGUGCUUUAAGCAAUGUCUAUACCCCAUCGAGACUCCCAGCUUAGUCAUUUUCUGGUAUUUUUCUGUUCACAGUAUUUUUGUGUGUGUGUGCUUGUUUUGGCAGCUCAUUUUGGCUGUAUUAUAUAUCGAGUGAUGAAUUGAUCCUCUUUUUUCCCUGAGGGAUAUGAAUUGUUUUCUCUUGUGUUAUAAUUCUGCUUGUGAGUAGCUGGAGCAACCUGGGGCUGACACACGUAAGCUAGGGCUGCAGAGUGCUGAGAGCAGGAGGGUUCACUUGUCACUGACAUGCUGGCCUCCCUGAGUCUCUGAGCUCUUCAGUCCAAAUCUUUGCAAGGCUAAAAACGCCACAGAACCUCUCCUCUCCCCAUUCCCCACCCCCAUGGCAGGGACUGAACCAUCCCUACGUGCAACAUGCAGUUUCUCCAGCCCCCUCCCAUUGCCAUGGCGAAACAGGUACCUUUGGGGCAUGGGGGCAUCACAUGGGAUGCUUGUAUAAUUGACCACCUUGCCUUCUCUCCCACUCCCUCCCUCCUCCCCAGAAUCACUUCCUAGGACACCCGAGCUGCUUGCCCAGGGUCCUGUUUCCCUGCGAAUUCCAGAGAAGCACCCCAGGGCUUUGUGACAGUCUCUGAUUCCCUCCCCUUCUCGUUAAGAAUCAUAUUGUAUAGUAGCUUUCAGACCAUACAGUAUUCAUUGGGUUACUCCUAUUAUUAUCAAGUAGCUGGAAUUGUGAAGGUCGGAGUAGUUAGAUCUUUAGCUUUUAUUCCUUAUUUUUUUGUAUUACUAUCCAUGUGUAUAAAUUAUUGAUCAUGUUGCUGGCUUUUAUAAACUCUAAGCGAAGGAGGAGCGCUGCCUCUGCCUUUGCAAAUGGUAAUGAAGCACUGUUUUUAAAUAAAAGAGAGAAACACCA